CUGUAGCUGCACACACAGGUCGGACUGGUCCACAGAGAAGCAAGUGAUAAUGCCUGCCCCAUGCAUGUGCUCUCACAAUUUCAUUCCUUGAGACGAAUCAUUUCGGAAGAGGACGACUGUUUCAUCCACACGGACAUUUGGUGAUAAUGAAGAACUGAAGACCUUUAUCACUCAACCUCUACGAACUGUCUUAAACCCAACGUGCCCUUGAACCCAAACUCCUUCAAACUUGUAGCUGUGCAGAGACAGAUUUGAAAUAGUGACUGUUAACAGACGCCGGCCCUGCCCUUCCAGCCCAUUGACUGAAAAGACUUUCCACCCUUCGCCUUGAUUGCUUUAUCAAAUGCCCAAAAACAGCAAGGCCGUCAAGAGAGAGCUUGACGACGAUGUCACAGAGUCUGUCAAGGACCUGCUUUCCAACGAGGACGCCUGCGACGAUUCCUUCAAGAAGAGCUCGUUGAUCGUCAACAACCAUGAUGGGGAAGGGAAAGAGUGUGAUGUGGAGGAAGGGGGCUCGGACGGCGAGGAAGAGGAGCGUCCAGCCUGGAACAGCAAGCUCCAGUAUAUCCUGGCCCAGGUCGGCUUCUCUGUAGGCCUGGGUAACGUCUGGAGGUUCCCCUACCUGUGUCAGAAGAAUGGAGGGGGAGCGUACCUGGUGCCCUAUCUCAUCCUGCUGAUAUUGAUUGGCAUCCCGCUGUUCUUCCUGGAGCUCGCCGUAGGCCAGCGUAUCCGCAGGGGCAGCAUUGGGGUGUGGAACUACAUCAGUCCUCGGCUGGGGGGCAUCGGCUUUGCCAGCUGUAUGGUUUGCUUCUUUGUGGCUCUCUACUACAAUGUCAUCAUCAGCUGGAGCCUCUUCUACUUCUCCCAGUCCUUCCAGCAACCUCUGCCAUGGCAUGAGUGUCCGCUUGUGAAGGACAAUAACAGUACAUAUGUGGUGCCGGAGUGUGAGAAGAGCUCGGCCACAACCUAUUAUUGGUACCGUGAGGCCUUGAACAUCUCCGACAGCAUCUCUGAGGGAGGAGGCCUCAAUUGGAAGAUGACGGUGUGCCUGCUGAUUGCGUGGUCCAUGGUUUGCCUAGCCAUGAUCAAGGGAAUCCAGUCUUCUGGGAAGGUGAUGUACUUCAGCUCCCUGUUCCCAUAUCUUGUGUUGAUAUGCUUCUUGGUUCGGGCUCUGCUCCUGAAGGGCUCCGUCGAUGGGAUUCGGCACAUGUUUACACCAAAGUUGGAGAUCAUGCUGGAAGCCAAGGUGUGGCGAGAGGCGGCCACGCAGGUCUUCUUCGCCCUGGGUCUCGGCUUCGGCGGCGUCAUCGCCUUCUCCAGCUACAACAAACGGGACAACAACUGCCACUUCGAUGCCGUCUUGGUGUCUUUCAUCAAUUUCUUCACCUCUGUGCUGGCCACCCUGGUGGUGUUCGCUGUGCUGGGCUUCAAAGCCAACAUCAUGAGCAGCAAGUGUGUCGCACUGAACAUUAAUAAGAUUGUGGGGUUGCUGGGUAACGGCAUUGAGGAGAACCUGAUCCCGCACCACAUCAACCUCACUAAGGGUGCUCUGGUGAGUGUGGAGGACUACGGUCAGAUGAUAACCAUCUUCAAAGGGGUGAAGGAGACCGACUACCAGAGCCUGGGUCUGGACUCCUGCAGCAUCGAGGACGAGCUCAACAAGGCCGUCCAGGGCACAGGGUUGGCCUUCAUCGCCUUCACAGAGGCCAUGACCCACUUCCCAGCAUCGCCCUUCUGGUCCGUCAUGUUCUUCCUAAUGCUGGUGAACCUUGGCCUCGGCAGCAUGUUCGGCACCAUCGAGGGCAUCCUCACUCCGUUGAUUGACACUUUCAAAGUCCGCAAGGAAUUUCUCACAGUGGGGUGCUGUGUGCUGGCCUUCUCCAUUGGCCUCCUGUUUGUUCAGCGCUCAGGGAACUACUUUGUGGCCAUGUUUGACGACUACUCGGCCACUUUGCCUCUGCUCAUCGUGGUCAUUCUGGAGAACGUGGCCGUCGCUUGGGUUUACGGAUGUGAAAAGUUCUUUGAAGACCUGAAGGACAUGCUGGGCUUCACGCCGUACCGUUUCUAUUACUACAUGUGGAAGUACAUCACGCCCAUCCUGCUGCUGGUGCUCCUGUGCUCCAGCUUCGUCCAGCUGUCCAUGACGCCGCCAAGCUACAGUGCCUGGAUAGAGGAAGAGGCCAAAGAGCACACUGUGAUCUUCCCUUUGUGGGGCAUCGUAGUCUGCAUCUCCCUGGUGGUGAUGGCCAUCAUGCCCGUGCCCGUGGUCUUUUGCCUGCGCUACUUCAACAUCAUCGAUGAGAACACCAGCAGCCUCUCCACCGUCUCCUACAAAAAGGGACGUAUCAUCAAAGAGACCGCCCGGCCGGGGGAGGAUGACGACACCAGCCUGAUUCAGGGCAAGUCGCCCAGCGAGGCGCCCUCGCCGAUGCCCGGCAACAGCAUCUACCGCAAGCAGAGCGGCAGCGGCGGCCCUGACGCUGACACCGCACCUAACGGCCGUUACGGUAUUGGUUACUUGAUGGCCGACAUACCGGAUAUGCCCGAGUCAGACUUAUAGACUGACUAUAAUAGUAAGCCCUAUGCGGCCAUACCGGCAGGCCACUCCCCCCCCUCCACCCCUCUGCGUGCGUUUAGUUGGCUGUAUCAUCAAUGUAUAUUUCACUUGUACUAUAUAUCUUUGUAGAUAUCGUAGCUGCUCUCUAUUUGUCGUCUCUGAACCUUUUUGUGAUUGUCUACUUUACAACAUGUGGGAGGAAACAUCACCCUUAUCUGACCCAUGAUCCAUUGGCCCGGCUGCGUCCCAAACUACUCUGCGUCUCCUGCUCCCUCUGCUUCCUCCUCAGUGCAGAUUCUGCAGGAGGGAACAGGUGUAAGCAAUAAGGUGGACGUCCCACCAGGCCUACUUGAACAAGGAUCUGCAUUUAGGAGUCUGCAAAGGAGCAGUUGCGCGGGGUCGAGAGGUCCUUUUUUAGAUUGAGCCUGUGUCUGUUGGGGGGUGUGUUAAUCAAGCCAGCAUCUAAUCCUGCUGUAAAAACUGGGCGUGUAGAUUAUGACCCCUAACUGCUGGCUUAGAAGUCCUGAGAUUAGCGGCAGUGUAUUAACACUGCGAGACUGAUCAUCUUUUUGCUGGUGAGAGUUCACGAGUUGAGUUCAAACAGUGAGAGGAUGACCUCUGGAAACCACUCCCAUGAAUGUUUGAGACGAAGUAAUUUAUAUUUGUUUAUAGAAUACAUGAUGGACGCUGUAUAUUUAAGGUAUUCUGUAAAUAUAAUAUAAAUAUUAUAAAUAUAUUUAUCUUGAUAGUUUGGAUAUCAGAGCACCAUGUUUUUAAUGUUCAGAAGUACUUCAAACUUCCUUAACUCUCGUCUUUGUUUUUUACUAAUGUGUUGUCAAUGUUUGUGAGGACUGAAUCCCUCUUGUAAAUAUUUUUUCCAUGAAAUGGCUUAAAAUGCAAUGUCUUUUUUUCCCUGUCGAGAUUAAAGAUCAAAAUGGUCCACACCCUG